AAGUCAUUUCUGGAAGAGAAUCAAGUCAAGUCAAGUCAUUUCUGGAAGAGAAUCAAGUCAAGUCAAGUCAAGUCAUUGAUAAAAAUAAAAAGGGUUGAAGUCAAGUCAAGUCAGAUAUUUUUCGCAGCUUAUAUACAUGCUACAUUCGCAUUAUGUAAUAGUGAUUGUUCAACAACAACACGUGAAGUUAAUGUUACUGAUGAUGAACAAUCAACAACAAUUACACCAGUUCCUUAUUAG